GGGGACGUUGGAGUGCGUCAGAGCGCACUGGCUCCCCUCAAUCCAAACUGCAUCUCCUUUCCAAGAAAACUCCUCCAGAUUUCAGGAAGCCUCCGGAUUGCUUUGUUUGGAUGUACCGACAAAUAUUACAAACCAUUCAAAAGAAGGAUAGAGGGAGUUCAGGUUGUUUUAUCAGCGCAAAAGGAGGGAAAGCACCGUUACGCGUCGAUUUGAGAGAUUUAUCCGACACUUCUGGAAGCAGCGCUCGGGACGCGCGUAUAAUGGAUCGAUAGUACGAACUUCUGGGAGUGUAAAGAAGCUCCUCUAGACACCACGAAAGCGCUAUUUUUGGUGGAGUAAAAGCUCGUUCGAGAGAAUUCAUUAGUUAUAUAGUGUUAGACACUGUUGCAGACCGACCUGCGCUGUGAUGGAUGGAGCAGUUCUUUUGAUAUCGAUGCUGGUGUUGGUUUUCUCUGGAGAUGUUUGGAGCGCGUCGUAUCCUCAGCGGUAUAACCUGUACGCAGGGACCCAGACUCAGACUCAGCCUUUAAACGGGGCGAGAGCAUCGAGCAGACACAGAAACUGGUGUGCAUAUGUUGUGACCAAGACAGUGAGCUGUGUGGUAGAAGAUGGAGUGGAGACUUACGUGAAGCCUGACUACCAGCCAUGUUCAUGGGGCAUUCAGUGCGCCCGUGUUGUAGUGUACAGGACCUACAUGAGGCCCAGAUACAAGGUGGCUUACAAAAUGGUUACAGAAAUGGAGUGGAAGUGCUGCCAUGGAUACAGUGGAGAAGACUGUAAUGAUGGACCAAACGGGGGAUCUGAUACUCAGAUCUCAACAAGCAGACCUUGGCCUAGACCUUCACAACCAGGACAAACUGGAACUGGUACUGGUCAUGGACAGGGUGGAGGGAAUGGGAGAGGUGACAAUGACAAGAUGAAACAACUGGAGGACAAAAUCCAGAGGUUGACCAAAGACCUAAAUGACCUGCAGUCAACUCUGCGUGGGAUGAACGAGAAAUUCCAGGAGGAAAUGCGCAAACCCGGUUUUAAUAGUGGCAAAACACCAGCUGAUGCAGCCCAGCCUGAAAUGAAAGAGACCAUCCAUAACAUUCAGACCAAGCUUGAUCAGUUGGAUAACCGUACUCAAGCUCAUGACAAGACUCUAGUCAGCAUCAAUAACCACCUUGUGAAUGGGAAGGGUGGAAGCAAUGAUCUAGACAUUGGGGGAGAAGGAGGAAACAACUUCAACACUUUGAAGGAGGAAAUCCUCAGACAGCUUGAACGUCGAGUGACGCUUUCUUGUUCUGCCUGUCAGUCUGGAGUGGAAGACCUAAGACGGCAACAGCAACAAGAUCGGGAGAGGAUCUCGGCUCUGGAAAAGCAAAUUAAUGCCAUGGACCAGCGUCACCGCCAGACUCUUGAUGGUUUGCGCCGAGACUUCAGCCGGUCGCAAGGCUGCUGUGACGCUGUGACGGACAUCAGAGGACGACUAAAUGACAUGGACAGGAAGAUAAGCUCCACAUUGGAAGCCUAUGACAAGCUUAAUAAUCGUGUGAACGGGGAACAAGGAGGAACCGGAGGAGGUGGAAGUUUUGGUGGAGAAAUAGGUGGACCAGGACAAGGUCCUAAAAUGCAAGAAGACCUGGAGAGAUGGCUCAACAACACUGUUCAGAGGGCAGAGGAAAACUGUGCUUAUAUGGAGACUAACAUACGAGACUCGUUCCAGCAGGAACUCAGAAGUCUUCGCAAUGAAUUCAAUAAUCGUAUUCUAAACCAGGACGACAGAAUCAAUGACAUGGAGGUUGAUAUAGGAAACGUUAAAGAAACUGUGUUUGAUCUUGAUAAACGCCUGUCUCGGCUCGAGAAUACAACAUUGUUUAUAGACAGGAGGUUAAGCGAAUGCUCUGGGUGCUCAGGCACAAGUUCUGGUCCAAGUCCGGGCAGUAGCGGUAGUCCGAGCUCUGGCGACACUGUGAAGUCUUUGGAGUGGAGAGUCGUUGCAAAUGAAGAUGAGAUCAAGAGGUUUGACACCCGACUCAAGGAUCUCUCUGUGUCCGGUGACUCUCUUGAGGAUAAGGUCAUCAACCUCAGCCAUGACGUUCGCAAGAUCAAAGCUCUAACUGGAGACAAUGGGGAACACUUCAACAGGAUUGUUAUGGAGAUUGAGAACUGUGACGUGUGCAGCACAGUGGAAGAUGAUCUGAGGAAACUCAAGAACAUCACAAGCCAUGCCAUGGACAGAUGGCAGAAGGAAAUGAACUACAUCAAAGGGCAAUUUGACUCUGGUCAGGCGGGUUGUGUGGACGUGUGUUCUGGUUUACAGGACGAGAUGGAUCAGUUGAGAGAGGAGGUGCAGAAAUGCAGUGGUCAAUGCAAGAUCACCCUGAAUACUCCUACUGGAACGGAAUCAGAAACAGGUCAUCUGGAUGACCCACAAAAACCACUGGAUGGACACAGUGUCAUCAGCAGUAAUACCGGUGACCUCACGUCAAUCCAGGGAGAACUGUCUGGGGUCAUCUUAACCUUCAGCUCCAUCAAUGACACACUAAAAGGUCUAGAGCAUGUGGUCCAGAAACAUGACAGCGUUAUCACCGACCUUGGGAACACCAAAGACAAAAUCUUUUCUGAAAUCGACAAGAUCCAGCAGGAAAUGACCGAGCAUAUAGAAGAUAGUAGGGUACGCUUUGAUAACAUCGAUCAGGAUGUACGCCGCUUUGGGAACAACUUUGUGGUUGAGAUGGGUGACUGCAAGAGGACUGGUGAUGGUUUGGAUAAGAGGCUCUCUAAACUCGAAGUGGUUUGUGGCCGGUUUGACUCUGUCUCCGACCAUAUCCAGAAGAUCAAAGAAGGCCUGAACAAACAUGUGUCUAGCCUGUGGAACUGUGUCAAUGGCCUAAAUAACACCGUGAUUUCACACAGCGGGUUCAUUGAGAUCCUCCAGAACACACAUCUGGAUGAUAUCCACGGCAAGAUUAAGAGACUCAAUUCCUCAAUGGUCCAUGUGCUCAAGGAGUUCCAGAGCUUUACUGAGAAUGACUUAACAGGUUUACCCGGACCACCAGGUCCUCAAGGAGAAAGAGGGUUCCCUGGUCCACAGGGGCCUCCAGGUAAUGAAGGACCACCAGGUGUUCAGGGAUUUCCAGGGCCAAGAGGACCUCCUGGUCUCAGAGGAGAGCGAGGUAUGGCCGGUGCAGAUCCCAACAUACCACGUCUUUCCUUCUCAGCAGCUCUCACAAAGCCCAUGGUUACAUCUGGAACGAUCAUUUUUGAUAAGAUCUUUGUAAAUGAAGGAGACUUUUAUAAUCCAAGAACAGGUAUCUUUACUGCACCACUGGAUGGACGCUACUUCUUUAGUGCUAUUCUGACGGGCCACAAAAAUGAAAAGAUCGAAGCUGUGCUGUCCAGGUCUAACUAUGGCAUGGCUCGGGUAGACUCGGCGGGUUACCAGCCGGAAGGGUUGGAAAACAAACCAAUGGCCGAAGCCAAACCAACACCGGGUUCUCUGGCUGUCUUUAACAUCAUCCUUCCCCUUCAGCGAGAGGACACAGUCUGCAUAGACCUGGUCAUGGGCAAACUAGCCCAUUCAGUGGAGCCUCUAACUAUCUUCAGUGGCAUGCUUCUAUAUGAAGAUGUGUAAGGGUCUUUUAACUGAUUAGCACUGAGACUAAUCAGACUCAAAGUACCAGCAAAACGACGGGGCUAGAAAGAGACACUCUAAAUGACGUUAAUCCGCCUGGGAUGGUGAUCCAUUGAUUUUCCUUCGGUAUUGUUUCCAAUAUUGUAAGACCUCCUGUGAACUCCUUGAACAGAGAAUAUAGUUUUUAAAUGGAGGAACUGUUGCCCUUGAUAUGUAAUCCUAACCCGCAUUUUUGGAGAAGUGUUGUAACAAAUACUACUGCAGGUUUGUGCGACCGAUGUUGACGAUGUUCUUAUUGAGAUAUUUCAAAGUUAUAUGAAUCACAGACAUGAGUUAAUUUCUCAUGCACCGAAGAUGACCGUGAGGUCUGUUCGACUUCCUAUGUAUUCAACUGCACGGUAAAUACUCUGCCAAAGAGCUUGACUCACAGUCAGGGUUAAAGGUUAGGCUGAUGGGUGUGGAAUUCGGAAGAUUUGAUGAAAGGAAUUCAUAUUUUUGCUGUGAAUGUUUAAAUUCUGCUUAGAGUCAAGGGAUGAUUCUUAAAUCUAAAGUACGUGACUUAUUUCUUUUUUGCUUCAUUAUAAGUGCCAAGUUUUCCAGGAAUAACUUCCGGCUUUUUCCAAAGAUGCUUUUACUUAAUGAAUUGGUGGUUGGUAGUUAAUGAUUUCAGGAAACAUUCAACCUGAGUGACAAUCCAUACAAACUCUCCAAGUGCCUCUGGAAAAUUGCAAAGAUGAAUGCAAUGAAAUCUUCAUAACUCAGGCACACAUUCUUCAAUGGUUUCUAAUUUUGUACAUGCACCGUUCCGCAUCUCGUGAUCCCGUUGAAGCAUUUACAAAAACAUCAGUUCUACUGGAGUGGUGGACCGUUGUAUUUUGCUCCAUAUUCAUAUUCCAAUCUCACAGCCUGAGCUUUCAAUGGAGAUUAUUAUCAAACAGAGUCUGUCCUUAAUGUGGUUCAACAAAGUGCCUUUGAAGAAAAACAACACUGAGGAUUCAGAGGGUGUCCUUCAUCAACCGAAUCUGUCUGUGUGGUCUCGCUUGAAUGUUUAGUGUUCGACAGCCCAAAGAAUUUUGAACUACGCGGCUUUUGCUUUUUCUUGUUUGAAACAUGCUUGUGCAAUUUUACAGAUCGUUGGGAGGAAAGAUCUCUGUGGAACGCUAUGGUCAAGAAUGUUGGAAAUUAAGGCUGCUAUCUUUUAUGUGCUAUGUUUCAUGUAUUAUUUUUAGUUAUAAAAAGAUCCCCCAGCUCAUAAAGUGGACGUUACGGCAGCAACGUUAGCAUUAAAACAUGUAAAAGAGACCAGAUCUAAAAAAUAUAUAUAGUUCCCUCUCAUGGUUUAACCUGUUACCUUGAAUGUGUACAUUGGCAACACGUGUGUUUCAAAUAAAGAUAUUUAAUUUUACACAUA